AUGCCCAGCAUUUCGUUCUUAAGUUUUGGAAGCAUUUCGGUAAAGGAUUUUACUGCUCGUAUCGUUCAGUUAUUCAAGCAAGUGGUGGAGUCGGUUGUUGUAAGCGAGCCAGUGAGUUUAGGAGACGAAAAUGAUGUGGAAGACGUUAAAAAAGUGAGUCUGUUCCCCGAAAAGCAUAAUUUGGAUACGUCAGUUUUUACAAAUUCUUCGGUUAUACCAUGUUCGUUGGAUAUCACGGGUUCCGAGAACCCAAUGACGGUGUCAGUGGGUAGCGAUGGGAAAGUGAGCUGCAAGCUUGCCGAGGACAUGACAGGGUCAAGUGCGGUGGUUCCUAUAACACCGGAGAGUAACAAAGCAAAGACUCCGACAAGUGAUGCGACUUCCGGGAGUGAGGUUGAAGAAGAGAAGGAGAUCUUUGUUUGUCACUACUGUGACGCAAAAUUCAGAAUUAGAGGUUACUUGACCCGUCACAUCAAGAAGCACGCGAUUCAAAAAGCAUAUCACUGUCCCUUCUUCAAUGCAUCAGCUCCGUCGGAGCUACGUUGUCAUAAUUCCGGUGGCUUUAGUCGUAGAGACACAUACAAGACGCAUUUGAGAGCCAGACACUUUGUUUAUCCAAAGGGCGUGAAACCACAGAAUCGCAGCAAGUCCUCGGGCCAUUGCAGUCAGUGCGGCCAGUUUUUCGAGAAUACUGACAAAUGGGUCGAGCAACAUAUUGAAAACGGGGAAUGCAAGGGCCUGCCAGACGGCUAUUUCAAGAACAUCAAGAGUGAGAGGAAGUCGGGGAAGUUGAGGAUGAUCAAAGUAUCCACGGGCCAUUCUCGUUUUAUCUCCACGGCCCAGAGCGUUGUAGAACCCAAAGUGUUGUUGAACAAAGACGCGUUAGAGGCAAUGGCAAUAGUCGCUCAGGACACCAACAGAAGCGAUCUUUUAUCGAAAUACGGUAAUAACAAGAUAAUGAUGAGCUCGACAAACUUUUCUGGUGUAAAGUCGAAGAGACGAGCGAGGGACAAGAGUCCUCCACAACUGAGAAAAGAGAACGAGGAUGAUUCUUCACAACGUCCAGCGCAAGACUUUACUCCAUUAGAGUCUACAGUAUCGGAUUUCAUGGAUGAUGAAACCGCCCUCAACGAAAUUUCCUCUUCGAUAAAGUUGUCGCCUCAUGACCAUCAUGCCCUAGAACCAAUACCCUCAGCAUCAUCUCAAUCCUCCCACGAAGAUCAAAUUUUGGCCACUAAAGGCAUCCAGCCCGUUAUUUUCAAUGAUCCCUUCAGCAUCCCACUAGACAUGGAACAAUGCUCUCUCGCUAACGGCACAUGUAUAGCAGAUUUUUCGAACAGCAGAAGGGACACGAAACAAGAAGUUCCAUCCCCUAUAAACAAUCUAUUGGAAGCAGAAAUGGAUGCAGUUUUCCUGGGUCAAAAAAUGCUCAGGGACAACGAACAAUUUACGAAUUUCUACAAUUGCGCGUUUGGCUCUAAUCUUUGA